CACCAUUGCUCCUGCUGCUUGGACUUUGACAGCCACCUGCCUGCGUGACGGCCGCACCCAGCAAACCUUCCAGCCAUGCUGGCACUCAGACCUGACCCUAGGAAGGAAGAGACUGGAGGCCCAGAGACUGCCCUGGCCCCUGUGCUUCCCCUCAGGCCCAGCAUGUGGAGCUACCUAUCCUUUCUGCCCAUCUUCCUGGCACUUUGGGCUAACGCUGGCGUCUGGAUUGUUUUUGCAGUUGCUGUCGUCAACGGGUCUGUGAACCUCACCCAUGGCUUCCCUUACAUCAGUAUCUGUGGCUCCUACCCUCCUCAGAGCUGCAUCUUCAGCCAGGUUCUCAAUGUGGGGGCUGCUGCGGCUGCCUGGAUCUGCAUUGUGCGUUAUUACCAGCUCCGGGACUGGGGCGUCAGAACAUGGCUUAACAAGCUGACCCUGUGGUCUGGGCUCUUCUGUGCUCUAGGGACCUCGGUGGUUGGUAACUUUCAGGAAAAACACCAGAAGCCCACGCACCUGGUGGGGGCCUUCCUCGCCUUUGUGGUGGGCAACAUCUACUUCUGGCUGCAGCUCCUUCUGUCCUGGCGGGUGAAGAGCCUGCCCCAGCCCGGAGAGCCCUGGAUCCGGCCGCUGCGCCUGGGCCUGUGCACCUUGUGCAGCCUCCUCAUCGUGGCCAUGCUCGUCCUCCACAGUUGGCCCCUGCGCUCCGCCGCGGCCGCCUGUGAAUGGGCCCUGGCCAUGCUGCUCUUUGUGCUCUUCGGCCUCUUCGCCGUGGACUUUUCUGGCCUGGACGGCUGCACCCUGUGCCUGCGGCCAGCGCCAGGCCCCGUCCCCAGCCCCGGCCCCAGCCCCAGCCCGUCGCCCCGACACCCCCGCAGGUGCUCAGAACCGGCCUCGCUGGCGCCUGUUGAGGAAGCGGGCUGGAGCCGCCCGCGGGACCCCCAAGAAGAACCGUGGGGGCUCUCCAGCCCAAGGGACUGCGCUGCGGGUCCCUCCUGUCCCGCGGUCUAGGAGGCUGGAGCCGCUGCGACGCCCAUCCCGCCUCUGCAAGGCGGGGCGCCCAGGAAGAGAGAGGCGGAGGCCAGCUUCUGUCC